UAACGGGAGUUGUAGUGUUUUGUUACCCAGACGGUGACGAUUCAACGGGGCUACUUGGAAGAAAACUUUCCUAAGAUUUUCAUCUGAGAGAAAAGGAAAUCAAUCGGAGCCAGGAUCAGGGCAGGUAGGGGACCUGGACGUGCAUCCACACCCCACAAAGGAUGCACUGAACUGAUAAACAUCUGCUGAAGUGUCCCCCUCAAUGCAGCUAUGGCCUCAGCGACGUCUAGCCCAGGACCUGCCUCUCUGGGCUCACAGGUUCAUGCUGCAGCUGUCAAUGGAGAUAGGAGCGCCCUCCUCAAACUCAUCACAGGAAAGUCAGAGUGCAGGGUCAGCUGCAGCAGCUUGUAGGAGUUUUUGCGCAGAGAAACUACAGCAGAGCUGGUGCUCGUCAACGUGGAAGCUGGAACUGCGGCCCCUCUGCUAAAGGAUGGUCCAGACUUCUGCAAAAGUUCUGACAUUAUCUGGACAUUUAGCCAUGUUGAUAUUUAAUCUUGAAUAUACACUAGAAAUGUGUGGUGAAAAAUAUAUGAAGAGCAUCGAAUGAUCAUUGCAAAUUCUCUUUCUCUUCGACCAGGUUAUCAGUACAAAUUUUACAGUAUUUCCUUAUGGCUUUCAGCUGCUCUGACUUAUUUAGAAAAGUGGAAGUGGAAUUCCUAUUAAACCGAAGCAGUAAAAGACUGCAUUUUAAGUACAAGGAGUUGCCUUUUAAAAACUGUUUGUAACAUAUUCCACCACAAGCCACAUAAUUGUACUUUCUGUUUAUAUGUUGAACUGAAAAUUCAACGCAUAUUGACCCAAAUCUUCAUUAACGCUUACCCUCUGACUUAAACCUUCAAACUGUGCUUUGUUUGUUUGUAUGUGUGUGUCCGUGUGGAUAGCAGAUCCCUCACUGCGGGACCGUGAGGACCAGUUUGGCCGGACCCCUUUGAUGUACUGUGUGCUGGCUGACCGCCUGGAUUGUGCAGAGAUUCUGUUGAAGGCCGGAGCCUCGGUCAACAAGACCGACCACAGCCAGCGCACCGCUCUGCACCUUGCCGCACAGAAGGGGAAUGUGCGUUUCCUGAAGCUGCUGCUGUCCAGGCGUGCUAACUGGCUGCAGAAAGAUUUAGAGGAGAUGACCCCGCUCCACCUGGCCACCCGACACCCCUCCCAAAAAGCCCUCGCCCUGCUGCUCAAACAUAUUGGACCUGGAGAGGUUGACACACAAGACAAGAACAAGCAAACUGCUCUCCACUGGUCAGCGUUUUAUAACCGACCAGAACACGUUCGCCUUCUGAUCAAGCACGAUUCCAACAUUGGCAUCCCGGACAGCGAGGGCAAGAUCCCUCUGCACUGGGCAGCGCACAGUCAGGAGCCCAGCGCUACACAAACUGUCCGCUGUAUACUGGAGGCAGCUCCUACAGAGUCCCUGUUGAACUGGCAGGACUAUGAGGGGCGGACUCCCCUGCACUUUGCCGUUGCCGACGGUAACGAGGCAGUAGUGGAGGUGCUGACGUCUUACGAGGGCUGCAAUGUGACAGCUUAUGAUAACCUCUUCAGAACACCGCUGCACUGGGCAGCUCUGCUCGGCCAUGCCAGAAUCGUACACCUGCUGUUGGAGAGAAACACAUCGGGCACUAUUCCUUCAGACAGCCAAGGAGCAACACCUCUGCAUUAUGGUGCUCAGAGCAACAAUGCUGAGACAGUGGGUGUGUUUCUGUCUCACCCAUCUGUGAAGGAUGAACCCGAUCUGGAGGGGAGGACGGCCUUCAUGUGGGCCGCUGGGAAGGGCAGUGAUGAUGUCAUCCGCACCAUGCUGGCCCUCACCCCUCACAUUGACAUCAACAUGGCCGACAAGUACGGAGGCACCGCACUCCAUGCGGCCUCCCUGUCAGGCCAUGUGAGCACAGUGAAGCUGCUGUUGGAGAGGGGAGCGAUGGUCGACUCUCUGGAUGUGAUGAAACACACGGCGCUGUUUCGCGCUUGCGAGAUGGGACACAGAGAUGUCAUACUCACACUCAUCAAAGGUUCUGCACGUGUGGACCUGGUAGACGUGGAUGGUCACACUGCUCUGCACUGGGCAGCUCUGGGAGGGAAUGCUGAGGUCUGCCAGAUACUGAUGGAGAAUGGGAUUAGUCCCAAUGUACAGGACCAGGCAGGACGGACUCCUCUGCAGUGUGCUGCUUAUGGCGGCUACAUCACUUGCAUGGCUGUUCUCAUGGAGAGCAAUGCUAAUCCAAACAUACAGGACAAAGAGGGGCGGACUGCUCUCCACUGGUCGUGCAACAAUGGUUACCUGGACGCUGUGAAACUUCUACUUGGCUACAAUGCCUUUCCUAAUCACAUGGAGCACACUGAGGAGAGGUACACCCCUCUGGACUACGCUCUGCUGGGAGGGCACAGCGAGGUGACUCAGUUCAUGCUGGAGCAUGGUGCUCUGUCCAUUGCAGCCAUCCAGGACAUCGCUGCUGCCUCCAUCCAGGCUGUCUACAAAGGCUACACUGUCCGCAAGGCCUUCAGGGAGAGAAAGCAGCUCCUCAUGAGGCAUGAGCAGCUGCGCAAGGAUGCGGCCAAGAAACGAGAGGAAGAACAGCGGAGGAGAGAAGCUGUGCAGCAAGUCUCUGUGGCCACUGCAGAGAAACGGAGGGUCCCUUUGGUGAGAACAGAGCAGGAAAAGCUCUCCCUAGUGAACAUUAUAAAGGACUUAUCCAUGAAUGACUCAGUGGUGGAAACAAAGAAAUCAUCCAAAGCUGAACGUACUAAGAGCAAAGAGGAGAGACACAAAGCCCACAAGAGCAGAUCCUCUAGAAGAAGUAAAGCAGCUGAACCACAUGAGGUCCCUGAUGCUUCAAGCCGUCAUUGUCAUGUGGCGAGUGACACUGUGCCUGGUGCUCCCCAGAUCACCAGGCUGAAGGAACUUCUCUCUCCUGCCAGCUGCAGCCAGCCACCCAGUCUCAAACCCAGACCUCCCUCCAUGCCCAAAGUCAGGGAACGACCUUCCUCAAACACAUGCACUCUUUCCACAAGCAUCUCUGUGACAGACCAAGCUGACACUAUUAUCAGAGAAUGCAUUCCUCUAAAAAAGAGAGACGCUCACAUGACUGUGCAGACUGCCCCCGGCAAGACUGACGCCCACACCUCUCCACAAAAGCACAGAAACCACAAGGAGCAGACUUCAGAAAAGGCCGCCACCAAAGACCAAACUCACACUCCCUCAUUAAGAAGCAGUUCAUCUUUAGACCACAAAAGCCCUUCGAGAAAGACUCAGUCUGCCACACAUGCACCUAUAUCCACACGCGCACACAGGGAGCACAACAAAGAGCAGCGCAGGACGAGGAACGAGGCUGCACGCAUCAUCCAGCGAGCUUGGCGAAGGUUCCACGCACGCAGACGGAGAGAGGUAAAGGCCCGCGAAGAGGUGGAGUCAAGUGAUUCAAACCACACCCACAACAGGAAGAAGAUGGAAAUCCGAGCUCAACCCACUAAACCAUCAGCGAGUAAGAGCUCUGUGCUACAAAGUAUCUAUGGCAACUCUAUGGCCAGACGAGGGCGUUCAUUUCGGGGCUCUCAGUCUCAGCUGCUCCUGGACAUGCCUUUACGCACCCAGAGCCAGUUGAGCGGUAUAGAUUGUGUGCACCUGACUGACGCCGUGAACCAAGCCAAGCAGUACUCUUACCACCUGAGACCACAUAGUGCUGGACAGGGGACCAGAGGCCGGGGAAAACAUUGAAGCCCCACACACACACAUUCUUUGAUGUUUUCUCAGCUGGCUGGCGGCCUCACCUCUAUAGAAUUACUAUACACAUUGUUCGCUCAAUGUGCCAAGCUUUCUAAAAUUAAGCCAUAUGACAUCAGAGCCAUGACCUCACAGGGUGGGGUUAAGUCUACAGAAAUGGUGUGUGUAAAAGAUAACCUUUCAUCCAUUGUGGAAGGAACACAUACACACACGCCAUCUCCCUCGUUCUCCAUCGCUCUCGCACACACACUGAGAUAACCUUUCCUACUGUUGUGGAGAAUGAGGCAGUCUAUCAACAGCCAGUCAUACAGAUAGCCCACCUGCAGCCACGGACACACGGACACACACACACAGUUAGGUCUCCAAGUGUUUUCCCUCUCAAGAGAAUGAUGUAUUUCUAUAUGCAGUUUUUAUUUACUUUAAUAUGCAUUUGCACAAAAAUAAUCCAUAUUGUGUAAUUUUAGAUAUACAUAUACCUCAAUGUUUGUUGUUUUUAUUGUAUUCUAAAAAUAAAACAAAAAUUGACACAAAA